CAGAGUUCUGCGCGGCAGUUAACUUCCCAGUUCCCGCAUUCUUCCCAUUCCUACACGGUGCCGGAGGGGAAAUCGAAGACGAACGCCGGAACUUGAAAAGAAGAAGAAGACGAACGACUCCAGUCCAGCUCCACCGUCCACCUGCCACCUCCACUUGUGGUUGCUCACCUUCUACGGUGAGAAAAACCGUUCGGUUACCGUCAGCGGUGUGGUUGCGGCGAGCAGUUUCGUCAUCAAUUCGACCGUGUCCCGCCUUGUCGACGACGAUACCCUCGUUAUCGGUUGACUAUUUCCGGCCCCUAAGUAUUUCUUCUCAUCCGAUAAAUUAGUCUGCUAUGGAGUUCGUGAACCCUGAAGGACUCCGUCUCGACGGUCGCCGUCCGAUGGAAAUGAGGCAGCUUCGAGCAGAGAUUGGUGCGGUUGCCAGAGCUGACGGUUCUGCUGUUUUCGAAAUGGGCAACACCAAAGUAAUUGCUGCUGUCUAUGGUCCUAGAGAGGUCCAGAAUAAGAGCCAGCAGAGUAACGACCAGGCAUUGAUGUAAAUCGCAGGUGAGGUGUGAGUACACCAUGGCCAAUUUCAGUACCGGUGACCGCAAGCGUAAACCAAAGGGCGAUAGGCGAUCAACAGAGAUAUCUUUAGUAAUCCGUCAGACAAUGGAAGCUUGCAUAUUGACUCACCUAAUGCCACGCUCUCAGAUAGACAUCUAUGUGCAAGUCCUCCAAGCUGAUGGAGGAACUAGAUCUGCAUGUAUAAAUGCUGCAACAUUGGCCUUAGCCGAUGCUGGGAUCCCUAUGCGUGACCUUGUGACUUCCUGUAGUUCUGGUUACCUCAACAGUACUCCUUUGCUUGAUCUGAAUUAUCUGGAAGAUAGUGCUGGGGGUCCUGAUGUCACCGUUGGGUUUCUACCAAAGCUAGACAGAGUGACUCUUCUUCAGAUGGAUGCCAAGUUGCCAGUUGAUAUCGUGGAAAAUGUUAUGCAGCUUGCAAUUGAAGGCUGCAAAGCCAUCGCAACUUAUAUACGGGAGGUAUUGCUCGAAAACACCAAGCAACUAGAGUAUAGACGGGGCCUGUGAUUCUCUCUCAUACCAACUCCGACAGCUCUUGUCAAUAGAGCUAGAUCAUACUGAGGUCCCUAGCAGUUGUAUUUGAGUUUGUUAGUAGGCUUUUGUGGUAGAGUUGAUUUUUGGUAGUAAAAGGAUAAUAGAUGGAUGUUAGAUGUGUUUGAUAAUCCGGCAAUUUGUGGGUAUAACAUCUUUUUUAUGAAAUUUACAAGUGAUGAAGAGCUGAAUAGUUGUUUCAGAUGAAAUGUGAUUUCUGAGAUUCAGAAA